CGAUCCGCCGUCCGAUUGCGGGGUCGAGUUGACCGUUGACUUGAUCUUGGCGAUGGCCGAUUCGGGGAACUUGAACACCUUCUCUCUGAGGAUCUUGGCUGGAGCUCCGGAAUCGGUGUUGGGCUUGGUGAGCGGGUCCGGCGGGGAGAGGUCCAGCUUGACCCGGGUGUUGCGGGCCUUGGUCCGCUCCAGGAACGGAGGGACCGAGAUGGAGCUGGACCCGUUG